CGCCCACUUGUUGGCGUACACUAAUAGCUUGGGCUCGAUUAGAGUUUAACAAACAGAACGAGUAAAAGCGCGUUAAUGCCGUUUGGCCGCUGAUGAGAUGAGCAGGUUACAGUGUGUCGGGACGUCCUCAAUAGUACCAUCGAAGGAUGCAGAAGCUUUAAAACCAGGAAUCCCAACCUCUAGAGUUGCACCGGUGAAUAGGUUGCUCCAGUCAAAGAGACAGCCUCAGAAACCAAAACUGAGUAGACAGUUAGAGGGACAGCAGCCGUCUGUGUCAGUCAGCACAGACAGAAGACAUGACAAAGGAAAUGUAGACAGAAGCACUGUGAAUCCAAAGCCAGUCUCAGGAACACAGCAAGCACAGCUGGAGAACAACUGUACAAAACCAAAAGUCAUGCACAGACCAUCACGGAGCGAGACGCACACUGGUUUACAGGCUCUGUCGCCAGCAGACACAUCCAAGCACAGACUAGAAAAAUCACCUAGACACUCCGCUGCUGGUGGUGCAGGUAUUUCAGAAGAAAAGACUGUAAGUGCAGACAGUGUGCAGAAGUUGCAUGAAGAUGUAGUUCAGGUGCCUCAGUACCUUGGAGUGCCAGAGAGUAGAACUGGCCUGAGCACAAGUAAGGCAGAGAGUGGAGAUGAGGAAGAGUGUGAAGAAGAGGAUGAGGACAGGGAUGAAUUUCAUGCUCCCAUUGAGCUGCUUGCAGAGUUUCUAAAGGCUGUGAUGGAAAGGGAGUACACACUUGCCAAGAAACUCUGCCAAAUGAUUCUUGUUUAUGAACCCGAGAACCCUGAGGCCAAACACUUCCUUCCUCUGAUUGAAGAAAGACUGCUGACAGAUGAAGCACAGGAAAACUCCAGCAGUGAUGACACAUCUAAUUAUGAUGAAGAUGACGAAGAUGAUGAUGAUGAAGAGGGUGAUGAUGAAGAAGAUGAUGAUGAUGAAGAAGAUGAUGAUGAUGAUGAUGAUGAUGAUGACGAUGAUGAUGAUGAUGAUGAUGAAACCAGCAGCAGUAAUAAUGAUGAUGAUACAGGUACUGAUUCCGAUGGAGGGCACAGCUGCUCAUCAUCAUCUGACAGAGACAAGGAAGACAUUAGCCAGAGCUGAUCUCUGCCUCCUCAAACAGCUGUUCAAACCUCUUGCAGCUUUAUUGUUUUAUCCAGAUUUUUUUUGCACUUGUGGGACUACUGUAUGUUCCCCUUUUUUUCUCUUAUUUUUUUCAUCACAUUAUUUCGUUUCUAUUUUCUAAUUUUAUCUUAGACUUUUUUGAUUGAUUUAAAAUAAAUAAUUUAAUAUAAUAGGCCUCCAAUGCAUUUAGGAUGAAACAGCAAUCAAAGAA